CAUCGUCUGCCCCAACACGCAGGCGCAUCUCUUCAAAUCCUGUCCCUUCCCCCGUCCGCUUUCUCUUCAUUUCGUUCCCCCUCCUCUUCCAGCACCUCGGUAGGUUCAAACUCUUCUCCGUGAGGGUGGCGGCGUUCGAGAGGUCACGUGAUGAGCAUCCUGCUGCCCAACAUGGCGGAGUUCGACACCAUCUCGGAACUAGAGGAGGAGGAAGAAGAAGCGGCAACGUCGUCGUCGUCGCCGUCGUCGUCGUCGUCGGUAUCGGGGCCUGACGACGACGAGGAAGAUGAGGAGGGGGAGGAAGAAGAGGAGGAGGAGGAAGAAGAGGAGGAGGAAGAGGAGGAGACGCCGCCCCCACCGCGGGUAGUGAGUGAGGAGCAUCUGCGGAGAUAUUCCCCCGAUCCUGUAUUGGUGCGGGGAGCCGGCCACAUCACUGUGUUUGGCUUGAGCAACAAGUUUGAUACUGAAUUUCCCUCCAUUCUAACAGGGAAGGUGGCCCCAGAAGAAUUUAAGACCAGCAUUGGCCGAGUGAAUGCAUGUUUGAAAAAGGCUCUCCCAGUCAAUGUGAAAUGGCUGCUCUGUGGUUGUCUCUGCUGCUGUUGCACACUGGGUUGCAGCCUGUGGCCUGUUAUUUGUCUCAACAAAAGAACCAGAAGAUCAAUUCAGAAGUUAUUAGAAUGGGAAAAUAACAGAUUAUAUCACAAGCUUGCUUUGCACUGGAAGUUGACUAAAAGGAAAUGCGAAACUAGCAAUAUGAUGGAGUAUGUUAUACUAAUAGAAUUCUUACCAAAAUAUCCCAUAUUCCGACCUGACUGAGGAAUUUUAUUCAGUCACUUCUGUGUUACUUGUCAUUUCCUACCCUUAGUGCCUUGUAGAUGAUUUUGGAAUGAAGAUGGUCUCCUUUGCUCUGUUCAACUUAUUCUUUAUUUCUUAUUCUUAUUCUUUAGAAUAUUCUCCUUACUCUUUUAUUUAUGUUGGUUUUAGAAGAAAAUUUGCACAUCUUUUUUUGUUGUUGUUAAAUGAGGCUUGUGUUUUGCACUUUCAAUUUUUAAAUAAAUACACAGAGACUUAUAUGUAUAUAUAUAGUUGCCACUAAAGAUAAAAAACAUCAGUGCCGGUGUUUCAAAAAAACAAAAAUUUGUUCUGAGCAUGCUGCCUUAUAAUUUUCAUACUCACUGUUUCUUAAAUAUGCAUCAUUUUUCUAGGCUAUUUAAUGCUCUGUAAUCCCUUACUGGACAUAAGUAAAUAAGCUUUUGGUAGCUUUUAGAAAUGGUUUUACUCUUACUUGCUUUUAAAGGACAUGCGAUUAAUAGCACUGGUUUUGUCCUGCACUUUGCUAAAUUAUCACUUAUGUUAGUAGAUAAAAUAUUUAAACUCUUAAAAGACUUGUAAAUAUUGUCUCUUUGCAUAACAAAAUGUAAUAUGCCAUGGUUUACAGAAUGUAAUAUUACUCUUACUGUAUUGCCAACAAAUCUGCAUAGAUUUUAAUAUGAAUGAAGUUUGCAAGCAUCCUUUUGAAUGUAUAGACUGUUAACGUGUUUUAUGGCAGAGCCAUGAGUUUGUUAAAAUUUCAGGUGUAGGGCAGGAUUGCCCUUUCUAAUGAGUGGAUUAAAAUUGAAGUUGUUGUCUGAGAUAUUCUGCAUUGCACCUGAAACCAAGAACCUUACUUUUUCCAUUUAAUUUAAUAAUAUCCAUUUUGUCCUCCACUCCCACCCCCCAAAAAAUUCAUUUGAUAUCCAACACAUUUCACAGCCUCACUGUACUUAUUUCCUGUUAUGUAUCCUUUCCCCCUUUUGAAAAUACACACAGUUAUCUUUAAGGAGUAUUUCAAGAUUUCAGAUAUCUUGGGAGGUGUCUAGAUCUUCAUGAAAGCCACUGCUAAUCCCUUUUUGGAGUUCUGAUAUUCUGCUUUGGGAAAGAGGGAGAGGUAAUUGAGAAGCUGUACCUAAAGAAUACAUAGUGGCUGAUUCAUAAUUGAUAACAUAUUCUUUAUAUUUUUGAUGAUUUUUUUUAAACAUUUAGAUAUUAUUAAUGAGGAAAGACAAGUACUUAUACAAAAAGUAUUUUAGUUUAUAAAUUCACCACACAUGUAGCCUUUUCACUGACGUGUACAUAUUUCUCUUUCUCCUCCCAAGUAAGAUGAGUGAGAACACCACACUUAAUUUGAAUUUUUAACAUAAUUAAAGCUUUAUAUUGUGUUAAUUCAACUGCAAAUGUAUGCCUGUAUAUAGGCAUUAUUUGUAAUUCCUAUUGCUAAAAAGAAAUUAAAAGUAUCUGAGACUGAAUAAUAUCCUAUUUGUCAUCUUACUAGUUUUAGUAAAACUUUUUAGACAAACGUUUAUCCCAGUGAAGAGAACAGUCAUUUCUUCAUAAAAGGUCAAGUCUUUAAAGCCAUUUUUAAAAUUUAUGCCUAAUUUGAAAUCCACGGUCCUGGACCAAUAAAAGAAGAGGGGGAAAAAGCGACACUGUUUGAUCUAUGACUGUAAUUGCACACUUUUCCACCUCCCUCUGUAGAACCCCAUUACCCCCAUGCCACCAAGCCAUCCAGAAUCUUUAACUUUUAAUAUGUGUGCCUGUAAAUAUCAUUUGUCUGUCUGCUGCAAAAUUAAAUAUGUAUUUUUAUAGACAAGGUGGAAACCUCUAAAAAUGCAUACCAAAUGUCUUGUUUUAUAGCUAAGGUCAGGGAAAAAUUGUAUCUGUGGUUUAUGCUCCAGCUAAUAUUAUCAGGUUUAUGCUUCAAACUGUGUGUAAUACCAAAUUGAUUUCCAGAAUACAACAUUUCUAAUUACCAAUGAUAGAAUAAUUUUAAGUGUCAAUCCUUAAAAAUUUAUUUUUUUCUGUACACUUAGAAUCUGGCCAUGUGAUGGUCAUAAUGACUUUUCUGCCAUGUAUAAAUCACACUUCGUUUUGCUCAAAGAACAGCACGAAGUGGUGAACUGUUUCCAUGAAACAAAUAUUGAGACAGAAAUUGAGUGCAUCUGGAGGUGACAGAAUAUAACUUUAGUUACAGUAACAUUUGUCAUAAAAAAUCAUUUCCCAGCAUUUGUAAACUUUUUUUUAAUACCUCCUCUAGUUGCUUUUAAAUGUAUUAUUUUAUUGUUCAUUAUGCUGGUUGACUCAUUUUCUUGAACUACUCAGAAAAUACACAAUUUUCUUUCUUCUUUCUUAUAUGACUGCUUUUUCAAACUAUUUUCCUAUGAAGCAGGCUGAUUAGCAGUUGGGGAUUUUGGAGUGCUUUGGUGGAGGGUGUUUUCUUUUCAAUGAAAUUGGCAGCAGUGAAUGGUGAAAUGGCAAAGCACAACAUGUGGUCAUUAAUUACUCCCCCAUUGACCUUUUUUUUCUUUUAUCCUCAGGAUAGAGCAUACUUGGAUAUUUCUGUCAAGUUAGCAGAAUAUUUUUGUGAAAGCUGUUUUUAGGUUGAAUAAAGUAAUUGGGAAUUUCUUUGUUACAUGAUAUUCUUUUAUGAAACCUGCUGUGGUAGUUUCCAGAGAAAAUAACAUCUAGUUGCCAAAGUAUAUAAAUCUCGCAAAGCUUUGAAGUUGUAAGCUAAAACCAUUGCUUCUUUGACUUCUGUUAUGCAUCUCCAUCCCAAUGCCCCUUUAAACAACUAAAUUAUGUAGAAAAUGAAAUUAGGCCCUAACCUUCUUCAGCUACUCUCUGUUCCCUCCUACCCACUCUAUUAAUUUAGGAAAGACACCAUUGUAGUUGAACAUUAGAAGUAGAUGGAGAAGUGCCUUGUCUUUUUUGAACAAAGAUAACAUUUUAUGUUGAAGGAACCAGAAUGAAUGAAUUGGUAGAUCAUUAGAUUUAAAACCAUCCUUUUCAAGUAUUAGAAUAUUUCACUAGCAUAUUAUAUUUCUUCUAUUUAUUAUUUAAAGCAUGUUUCUUUGUUUUCCCCUAAUCAUAUUAUGUUAGUGUUAAAAUAUUACAGGACUAUCAAUCACUUACAAAACUGGUAUAAUUCUAAUGUUAGUAAAUAUGUAAUUCAACAUGGUUCUGAAAAAACAAUGGUCUUUGAAGCCCUACAAAAACCCCCUUAAGUAUUCAAUAUACAUACUAUUUAUAUUAUGAUCUAUAAACACUAAUGUCUGAUCAGUUAAUCUGUGUUAGCAUUUAGCACUCUGCCAUUUUUAAUGAAAUUCUUAUUUUUUCAUAAUUUGACUAACAUUACAUAACAUUUGUAAGGCAUAGAACAAAUAAGGUUUUUCCAAGUGUAUGAGAGCUUUUAAAAAUUAUUAGCAUUUUAAUUUUGUUUACAAAUAAACUACCACUUAAAAAAAUCAAACCUCACUACUUGAACAUAAUGCCCCAAACAAUAUUUCAUUAAAAUGAACUAUGUUGACCUAGGGGGAUGUAGAAAUUAUAUACACUCAUUUAAUUGGAGUAGUUUCACAUAUGGAAAUACUUUUUGCUAAUUGGAUUAUAAGAUGCCCAAAUUCAUUGAAGCUAAGUCCUCUUAUGCCUGUAAAAUUCUGCUUUAAAAAAAUUCAUUUUGCAACAAUUGUCAAAUUGUUCAGGUCCCUUUAAAUGAUGAACUAUUGGGAAAUUUUCCACAGAAAAGGAAUAUAUUUUGUUAAUAAUACUUGUUCAUGUAAUAUGGAGACUGAAAAAAGGGAUAUGUAUAUCCUUAGCUUGCCCCAAAUUUCUCUUUUGUGAUUCUGAGCCAGGCUUUUCAUUUUGAUGAUGGCAACAUGAGAAUAUAUUCCAUUAUAUGUGGACUUCAUCAGAUUCAUACUAUAUGAGGAAAUUAUCUAUUAUGGGCUUUGGACAAGUCACUUAAAUUACAUGUCAGUCUCUUUAUCUAUAAAGUCAUGGGGUUGAACUUAGAGCUGGACAGAAAAUUAGAGAUGACCUAACAUUCUGUGAUUCUAGGAAUCCUUAGGAAAAUUUUAUUCUACAGAAUCUCAGAAUGAUUUUUCUCAGAACUACUACCCUUGGUGGAAAUUCUCACAGUGCCUUGCACACAAUAAAUGUUUGAUUUGCCAACUGGCUCCCAGCUCAUAUGUGUUCAUGUCACACAGACUCAAAGAACUGAUGCCUGCUAGACCUCAGCCCCUCUAUGGUGAUAAAAAUAAGUGUAGUUUCCCUAGGAACCGAGGACUAAAGCCUGUGAGCUUUGCAUAUGUGGAAUCUGAUUAUGCAUUUGGUAUCCAGGCAAGAAUUAUAACUGUGACAAUAAUGGAGAUAAGGGAGGACCUAUUUUGACAAUGAUGUGAAAAGUUUCAUAUCAUAUCCAAUAUUUGCUUCAGUGUCUUAACCAAUUUCCACAUCCUCAAAAAGAUUUAUUGGAACAAAUUGUUGUUAGAUGGAAAGAAAAGUAGUAUGGAAUUCAAACCCAAAUCACUUCUGGUUUAAUUCUUAGCUCUGCUGCUUAAUUCCUCUGUACCUCAUGUCCUCAUUGUGGAAGUGGGGACAAUAAUCUGGACCUACCUCACAGGGGAAUUGAGGAUUUUUUUCAUAUAUUAAUGUGCUUUUGAAGUUGACUGAAAGAUAUACUGAAUAUCAUAAUUUUGUAAUUUCUAAACACAUUCCUUUAAAUCUAUGUUGUUAUGUUUUCUUUCUCAGUCAAACCCUAUAGAACGAGUGUUGCAGUUAAUCUAUUUUAUCAGUAGUAAAUUUUGUUAUUAAUCCCCUAUAUGUUAACACGAGUAAUUGUGUUAUGUUAAUUAAUACUUGACUUAGGGAGGAAAAGCAGGUGGAUGUAAACCAAUGGUUCCCAACUUGGGAAAGAUAAAGAUAGGAGUGAGGACAUCCUUGAACCUUUUUUAUAUUUCAAAUAGUAUACCAGGAAUCAUACAUUUAUCCAUAAUAUUUCUGCUGCACAAGCCAACUAAGUCAUUGAAUUUCCAUGCAUUUUGUUUAUAUUUUUUCAAUCCUGCCUAACAUACUACUGGUUAUCCCACACUAAUCAGAAGUUGUGAAUGACAAUUCUUUUGAUUAGUAAAAGAAUGAAAAAGUCUAUUAUUACAUGCAGUUUAGUAAAUAAAAUACUUGAAAACAUGGGGAAGGAAUAAUAAAGGGAUCCCUAUGGUAAAAAUAUUGGAAGCCACUUUUAUAAAGGAACUAAGAUUAUUUGGCCCUCUCCACCAGGUUACUACCCAGUCCCUAAAUAAUGAAAUGCUAGACGUGUGUGUGUGUGUGUGUGUGUGUGUGUGUGUGUCUGUGUGUGUUGGCUAGAUUGAGCUACAUAAUUUCACGUUAGAAUCUGCCUUCUGUUUUCUUCUGUUUCAGGAUGAUAACUGAGCUAAUUUAUUUGGAUUGCAAAUGUGGAAAGUGUUAUAAUAUGUUCUAGCAUUGGAGUAAAUAUCAACUUCUGAGUCUCAAAGUAGUUCUGUAUAUAAACUCAACAUUAUGAGUCUAGGCAAUAAUUUCUCAAAUAUCCCUUUUAUUCCUUCUUAUUUGUUUGCUUUUAUCUUGGCUUAAUUUUCUUAAUUUUCUAUUUUUCUAGUAAGCAAAUAGUGUAAAAUUGUUUUAAUGCCUGAACUUUGAACAAAUUACAGAUGUUUGAAAUUAUAUAAUCUACAAGCUAGUUCACCCUCCUUGGAUUAACCACAUACAAAUAUGAAUAUCAGCUACAAAAACAGGAAAUUCUGAUAGCUGGAAGGUGGGCAUUGAUCCAAAACAUCUGUUUGAAAAGCCUAAGAUUUCUUUUUGGCAGAGGAUUCCUAUGGAGACAGCUUUAUCAGAAAAGAAUACAAGUGGAUAUGUCCAUUCAAACCAAGAACAUUUGUGCAUCUUGUAUUGUUACAUAGCCUGUGGAAUGAAUUUAUUUUUCUUCCAAGUUUGAGAGUGACUCCCCUGAAAGAACUCAACCUAUAUACAUACAGCUGUGCCAAAAUGAAGGACACCUGCCUCUCUGAAACUUUCACUGCUGCUUCUGUUGUUCACUUGUCAGAUAUAAAAUUUUAUUAUCUCAGGAUGCAAAAUUACAAUAAAGCGCAAAUCUAUGUUAAUGAA